AUGUAUAUUCAAUAUAAAAUACCUGAUGAAGAAUUAUUCAUUAUUGGAUUUUUUCCAUUAAUUAAUUUAACUACUACUCAUCAUCUGCUUACAUUUACUUGUUCUAUUCCAUAUUCGAACGAAUCGUCUUCGACUAGACAUCAACCAUGUAUUAGUUCAGCAGUGAUUCUUUAUGAAUGGUCUCAUAGUAAACCUACAUUAUCAUUAUUACUAAAAGGUGUUGGUUUUGCUGUUGGACGACGAGUGAAUUCGUUAUAUCGAGUACGUAAUGGAAAUGUUACAUUGAUUAUCAAAGAUUCUCCACAGAUAUAUCAAGCAUUUACUUCACUUUUAUUACGGAUUGAUAUUAAAAGUGGUGAUUAUUUGAUUGGUCAAUGUGUAUAUGAUAAUAAUGAUGAUCGAGUUAUUGUCACUGGAACAACACGUAACGAUGAAAUGUGUAAAAUUUAUGUAAUGUAUGCAUACAUACCAACAAGUAAUCAAGAAACCAUUGAUCAACAAUCUCCGUUUCCUGUAUGUUGGGAUAAUCAAGUUUCAAGUAUGAUAGAUCUUAUUCCUACAGACAGUAGACUUUCACCACCUAUAUCAAAGGAUCAUCAAAAUCGUAUGCAUGGAUCAAAGUCGUCUUCUACUAAUCUUUUAUACAAUGGUGAAUCUUUAAUGAUUGAUGAUACAGAAAUGUUUGCUUCUCCUGAUAGUCUAAAACUAGCAACUACAAAACGAUUUUCAUUUAAUCAUGAAAUUUUCGUUGUUUUAUGGAUUAUAUUGGUUACUAUUCUUAUCUUAUGUUUCAUGAUUUGUUGUAUUACUCAUAUAUGUUUGAAUAAAAACGCACUUGAUGUAAACAAUAAUGAUACUACUAUUGUUUCAAUAUUUGCCAAUUGGAUAAAUCCUGAGAAAAAACUGAUACGAUUAGAAUCAGAUGUUGACAAAGAUGACUCAUCAUCAAGUUUGAUUGCUAAUGAUGACACAAUAAUUAAGAUGGAAUCAAAACUAACAACAAUAAUAAUCAAUGAUAAAAACAGUGCUGUUAUAUUCUAA